AUGUGCAAACACGUCCUCAAUGCCCAAGUCGCCAUCCGCUCGCCAUGCUGCAAGAAAUGGUUCGACUGCGCAGAAUGUCACCAGGAGCAGAGCGACCACCCGCUGAUGCAGACAUUUGACAUGGUCUUCAUCUGCAAAAAGUGCAAGAAAGCCUUCCGCAAAGAUGCGCGCGAAUUCGAGGACGCCGACGAGUACUGCCCGCACUGCGACAACCACUUCGUUUUAGAGGCAAAGACACCCAAGGCAUCAUUGCAAGUCGAAGGCGAGGACGCCCGCAUAGACUCCCGAAUGCUCAAAGACGACCGUGUACGGGGCGAGGAAAUGCGCACGAUAUUCGAUGUCAAGGAGGCGCCGAACAAGCUGGGUUGA